AUGAUCAUGAAUUCGUGUCUUCGUGACUUGAAUCGACCUCCUCACCUCCACACACGGUCCACAGCAUCGACCUAUGACUUGCGAAGACGAAGAAGUAAGAAGCUUGAGCAAUUGAAUUAUGACGAAGACGAAGAAGUAAGACGCGGCCUGAGGCUGCGACUUGCGAGUUGCGACUUGCGAGUUCCAACAGCAUCAGGUUUAAUCAAUUGUGAAUUGACCAAUAUGGAUGCUAAUUCUUCACAUGCUUCUGUGAAUCCGCCCACCACCACCACUCCUACUACUACUAAUACGAGAUCAGAUGCCAAUACAACUAGUGUAAGUGCAAAUAAAGAUAUGGCAUGGGAAUGGGGAGUUCAAAAGGAUCCAUUAAAAAAACAAAAUAUUUGGUGCACCUUGUGUGACAAGAGAGUAUGUGGAGGGAUCACAAGGUUACAAGAACACCUCACUCAUAUAGGAGGAAAUGUAGCUGCUUGCCCUAAUGUGACUACGGAGAUCACUAAGAAAGUGCUUGAAUCAAUGAAAGAAAAAGAUAAGAAAAAAAAGGAAAGACAAAGAACAAUAGAAAUACUUAGAUCAACAAGUUGUAUAGACCAUUCUGAAAAUGAUGAUGAGCAAGACGAUACCCCACAGCCACAAGUUAAAAAAAGAAAGUUUGUAAGUUCUAGUAAUGUACGGGGUCCUAUUGAUGAUGUUUAUAAGCCGGACCAUGGAAAAGGAAAGCAAACUACAUUGGAUAAGAAUAAUCCAAUUAAAGAGAAGUUGAAGAAGGUAGCUUGGAAAAAGAUUGCAGUUUGA